AUGAAAUCCUAUUUGAUCCUCUUUGCUCAAGCGCAUCCAAACUUUCGGAUCGCGGAGCUAGAUGCGCUUGCCGAACUCGUGAAUGUCAAGCUAGACUUGUCGCAGCACGACGAAACGAGGCCGUACCUAGAGGUGCAGUUGCCGGACGACGACAGUGCCAGGCGCUUGAUCUCGAGAGCGGUCCUCACUCGAGGCAUAUACGAGUUGUGGGGGCAAGGCGCAACGUACGAGGAAUUGCAUGCCCUGAUCAAGGAGACAAGCGCAGAGAGAUUCGACGUGUACAAAAAAUGCAGCUUCAAAUUCACUUUUGAAAGCUUUAAAGGCCUGCGCGACCACAAAUCCCAAGUUAAAACAAUCGAGUCAUUCUCGUAUCUCGACUUCGAAGGCCCCAUCAACUUAAAGGCUCCCGAUGAAACGUUCACCGUGUUGGAGGAGUACGAAGUCUCGGGGCAGGACAAAGCCGACCAGCCCAAACAGCUCUGGUUCGGCAGACUCAUCCAAUUGAGCGAACGAGUCCGCAACGGGUUGGUGGAACGAUACGACUUGAAAAAACGAAAGUACAUUGGAACCACUUCUUUCGACGCAGAGCUUUCUUUGGUCACUUGCAACUUGGCGCACGUGCUACCCGAUCAAAUCGUCUAUGAUCCGUUUGCAGGCACGGGCUCGUUCUUGGUGGCCGCUGCAGGGUAUGGUGCCCUCACGAUUGGGUCUGAUAUCGACGGCAGGACGCUUAGUGGGAACGGUCUGAAGAGAAACGUCAGAUUCAACUUUAAGGACUAUGGCACCUUGACCAACUUCAUCGACGUGAUCACGAUGGACUUUACCCACAAUGCGCUCCGCAAAAACUUUCAGAUUGACUCCAUAAUUUGCGAUCCUCCUUACGGGGUUCGAGAAGGGCUCCGGGUGCUUGGUGCCAAGAACGAGGAGAAAGCUGCUGGAAGAGAACACAAUAUUGUUGAUGGAACCAUUGCCCACUUGAGACGCGACUUCAUGCAUCCAAAGAAGCCCUAUGAGUUGUCUAGCUUGCUUGAUGAUUUGUUGCUGUUUGCCAGUGACAGAUUGCCCGUGGGCGGUCGACUAGCAUUCUGGAUGCCCACUGCAAACGAUGAUUUCAAAGUCACCCUUAUCCCCCAGCACAAGUGCCUUGAGUUGUUGUACAAUUUGGAGCAAGAUUUCAACAAAUGGUCAAGGAGAUUGCUCGUCUACGUGAAAAGGGAUGAACUGUAUAUAGGAGAGACACGAAGUGGCUUAAAGGAGAUGAACAUCAGGAACUUUCGGGAAAGAUACUUCCAUGGAUUCAGCGAAAAUAGUAGAUAA